UCCUGAAAACACAUUCAACAUGCGAGAGAAAGCAACGGGCUUUUGGGCUUGCAGGUACAUUCUAAGUAUUUAUGUAUUAUUAUUAUGUACCGAAGUUUGUUUUAGUUAUUAUAAAUGUUUCACAACGCAUAUGGGUUAUGCUACGUCCACGUUUUUGGUAUGUCGUCGUGCUAUGGGUGCACAUCCAAGAUAACAGAGAACUGAUUCUCAGCUGUUCUGGUUACUGCAAUGAAUGGUAACACUAUCCAUCAGGCUACGACCACAGCUUUGGUUGCAGUGCCUCGUGGCUGGAGGGAGUUCUGCGAGUUGCAUGCCAUUGCCACGGCCCGAGAACUAGCCAACCACUACCGGAACUUUGCCAGGGAGUGGCCAGUGCACGAUGUCGUCCCCCCGGACAGCUUCUCCAAGCAGUUCAGUGAGCUGUUCCAGCAGCACUUCCACAGUGAGGUGGCCAAAGAACUCCCUGCAUCGACCCCUCCCCCCAUGAUGGGCCGGCUCCGCAUCACCACCUCCUCCGAGGCGCUGGACUACAGGGAGGCAGGCCGGUCUGGCGUUCUGGCCCCAAAGACGGAGCCCGUGCUGGUGAGCCGGGAGCAGGGGAACCCCAUCCGGUGCUCGGCAGCCAACCCGGUGCUACGAGCUCGAGCUCCCAUCCUGAGCCGCAGCCAGGAGGAGGUGACUGUGUCGGAGAGGCGGCCUGCGUCUGAACGGUACAUCCCCACCUCGACUUCCUUCACUGCUGCUGAAGUUACACACUUCUCCGUCAGCCAGAUCAGGAAAAGCGUGUGCCGUCUCUUUAAGAAGCCCCCGCCACCUCUUCAGGACCUGCAGCCCAGCAGGCUGGUGGACAGGGGAAUGGGUGGGGCGCUGGAGGAAGUGACGGCCUUAUCGUCGUCAGCGCUGACUGGGAACCCCUCCCACGAGACCACGCCCUCGGCCUCCCCCACGUCGACCCACUUCCUAGAACGGCUGAAUAGCAGGUUUGUCCGUAGGCAGAGUGGGAAGCGCAGGCCGCAGGCUGCAAGCAGCUGCAAGGAGGGCCAGCUGAAGUACCUGGUGGUUGACGACACUAUCUCGGACACACAGCAUCGCUGGCAGCGCUGCCGCCUGCUUGUGAGGAAGAUCAGAGAGGGCCUGGCAGGAGAGAGGUUCCAGCUGGAGCUCUACGACCCCCCCAAGGGCUCCAGUCCUAAACUGACAGCACGUUGCUCAGACAUCCUGGAGAUCCGCCGCUGCAACUGUCUGGAGAUGCCGGACAACACAAACACGUUUGUUCUAAAGGUUAAUCACUAUCCAGGUAGUCUCAUAUUUGAGACCGACAAUGACCAACAGGUCAGCUCCUGGACAACAGAAAUUAAAGAAUGGAUAAACAACAGGUCUGGAAGCGGGGAUUUGGAACGCCUAACCUACCCUACGGAUAAUGCUGCGACGGCCAACCGGAGAGGGAGCUCCGAGUCAGGGAGUCAGGAAUCAGAGCAUGGUGAUUGUACCAGUUUGAGGAGUUGUGGGUGUGAUUCCUGCAUGGGCUGCAUGUAUGUAAAUGAACAUAGAGGCUCUGCGACCUUUGCCCUCUCGGAGCAGGUGUACCAUAAGACUGACCACUUCCUGUGUUUGUACCCAUGGUUCCAUGGCCCCAUCUCGCGGGUCAAGGCGGCCCACCUGGUCCAGAACUCGGGCCUGGAGGGCCACGGAGUCUUCCUGGUGAGGCAGAGUGAGACUCGCCGCGGAGACUAUGUCCUCACCUUCAACUACCAGGGCAAGGCCAAGCACCUGCGUCUGUCUCUAACAGAGUGUGGUCAGUGUAGGGUGCAGCAUCUGCGCUUCCCCUCCGUCAUGGACAUGCUCAGUCACUUCCGCCUCUACCCCAUACCCCUGGAGUGUGUCGCCGCCUGCGACGUCACCCUCACCAGCUUUGUGGUGGCCAAUUCUACCACACAAGGUCAGAGUUCAUCCGCUGUCCUGGUUCCAUUCUCCCUGCACCGCUGGAGCUCCGAACCCAGCCUAGCCCACUGCAGCCCCAGCCUGCUCCCCUCUCCAGACCCCCUUCCCCAGCCCAGGCUCCCUCUCCUACGCCCUGCGCCCUUCCCAGACCUUUCCACCUCGGGUCCCCUGCGUCGGAGCGAGUCUGUGGGCCGCAGACCUAUUCUGCGUCACCCCCACCCACCCCUCCUCACUCAACGGGACUCCGACUACGAACUGGAGCCAGACAGAGGCCGCAAGCGGGCCAUCGACAACCAGUACAUGUUCCUCUAACUGAAGCCAGACCGGGGCCAUCAACAACCAGUAUAUGUUCCUCUAAUUGGUGGACUCCCGGUCACAGCCGACCCAGUGGUGGCUCUGAGACUCCAAAUGAGCGAAGGACAGACUCAUGAGUGAACGUGUAUGCCACAGUGGAAGUCUGUCUCGUGGGCUGGGUGUCAGAGGUCCGACCCGAGUGUCCAUUGUGAAUGUAUUUUUUAGGAAAGUGUCUAAUCUUGUUAUGAUUGUCAUUUUCUGAAGCGGCUGUCGUGGUCCUUCUAAGGGACGUUGCUACAUGGGAGUGAGUGGCGCUGGUAUGGAAGGUCUUCCCUCAGUCCCUCCCUUCUAUAGGGGUCUGUUCACUCCCUCCACACAUACACUCCAUUUAAAUGAAUUCUGUUUUUUGAUACCCUGUGUAUUAGUGUAUCUCAAAUGCACACAUUGUGUACUUUUACACACUGUGUAUUUUAGUACGCAGACUAUUUUUGUAGGAAUAUGAAGGUGUUGAAAAAAUAAUAAUUAAAAAACUUAACUGUGAUGAGCUUAAGGCUGUUACGGUGACGAGUCAUGACCACAGUCAAAUUCCAUGUGACUAGCCUUCUCAAACUGCGCUCUCUGAUGGUUAGUAGCCUACCAAACGUGCCAGUCGCUCAGCACUAUUGUCCCUCUAAUCACUCUUGACAUCAAUGCAAAUCAAACACUUCAUGAGAGCUCAUGUUGCACAACAUUUUUAUAGGCUAUGCAAUUGCGUGAGAAAAGCGUUUUGAUGGCCUCUAAUAAAGAGGCACAGCUUUCUAUAAUCUAGGCCUACUAUAUUUCUCAACUUUCCUAAUAUUAAGCACAUUGCUUCUCUUUACAACAUGAGUAUAGCCAAACUGGCUGUAAUGAAAAUGAACCACGGGAAAAGCAACCUCCAUUCGCUAUUUUAAGUGCGUAGAUUACACAUUCUUUCCACCCCUCUUCCGACAGGUGCAAGAUAAUGGUCCAUCAUUAAGUAUAGGUAAAGACAAGAUUAGUCUGAUGGGUGACAAUAUUUGGCUAUCACUCAUGAUGCCCAGGGUGUGCAAUAAGGUAAGGUUUUUUUGCAACUUUUUCUAAUCAUAGUCGCACAUGUCAUGUAGCCUAGACCAUUAUUACGGUGUAGAGACCAACUGACGUACAUUUCAAAAGUUUGGGGUCACUUAGACAUGUCCUUGUUUUUGAAAGAAAAUUGCAUUCUUUUGUCCAUUAAAAUAACAAAUUGAUCAGAAAUACAUUGUUAAUGUUGUAAAUGACUUGUUUAUGGAAUAUCUACAGAGGCCCAUUAUCAGCAACAAGCACUCCUGUGUUCCAAUGGCAUGUUGUUAGCUAAUCCAAGUUUAUCAUUUUAAAAGGCUAAUUGAUUAUUAGAAAACCUUUUUACAAUUGUUAGCAUCGCUGAAAACUGGCCUUUAGACUAGUUCAGUAUCUGGAGCAUCAGCAUUUGUGGGUUAGAUUACAGGCUCAAAAUGUCCAGAAACAAAGAACUUUCUUCUGAAACGUCAGUCUAUCCUUGUUCUAAGAAUUGAACGCUAUUCCAUGGGAGAAAUUGCCAAGAAACUGAAGAUCUCGUACAACAAUGAACUACUCCCUUCACAGAACAUUGCAAACUGGCUCUAACCAGAAUAGAAAGGAGUGGGAGGCCCUGGUGCACAACUGAGCAAGUGGACAAGUACAUUUGUGUCUAGUUUGUGACAGACGCCUCAAGUCCUCAACUGACAGCUUCAUUAAAUAGUACUCGCAGAGGCGCGACCCCGGGAUGCUGGCCUUCUAGGCAGAGUUCCUCUGUCCAGUGUCUGUUCUUUUGCCCAUCUUUUCUUUUUAUUUGCAACUCUGCCUAGAAGGCCAGCAUCCCGGAGUCGCCUCUUCACUGUUGACGUAGGUGUUUUGUUGGUACUAUUUAAUGAAUCUGUCUGUUUCGAACUAGACAUUAGUCCUCUUGCUCAGUUGUGCACCAGGGACUCCCACUCCUAUUCUAAUCUGGUUAAAGCCAGUUUGCGCUGUUCUGUGAAGGGAGUAGUACACAGAAUUGUACGAGAUCUUCAGGAUUAGCUAACACAA